CAAUGUCCUACACACAACUAAGAUGGAGGCUUAUCGUACGGGGGACACACGAGGGGGCCAGAAAACAACGUAGAUCUGUCUGAAAGUGUGAGUGUUCAUACAACGUUGUGUCGAUCAAAGAACAUUGUCAUGCAAUCGUUAGCUCUUUGCGGACGUCUUUUCUCCCGAGCGUUUGUGACAAGUCUUGGACUAAACCCCGAACGUCAGAUUAAAUCGAGAAAGGAUUUUCACCUUGUGACAGGGUGUGCAGGAUUUUCGAAGUCCCUAACAAAGACACAGGGACCAAAACAGUGGACUUAUGGGGACGACGCUUAUUUCAUUACCAGACAUAAGGUAGCGGAUGUCAUAGGUGUGGCCGACGGUGUAGGGGGAUGGAGGAACUAUGGAGUAGACCCAUCCACCUUUCCCACAGCCUUGAUGAAGAUGUGUGAACGCUUGGUCAAAGAGGGAAAAUUCAAUCCCAGGACACCAGCAAAAAUCAUACAGGCCAGCUAUGAUGAAAUGCAGCAACAGAAAUUACCCUUGAUUGGCAGCAGCACUGCAUGUGUGGUGUCACUACACAGAGAGGACAAUACCUUAUACACAGCCAAUCUGGGCGACAGCGGCUUUCUUAUCAUCCGUGACAGUGAGGUGAUUCACCGCUCAGUAGAGCAGCAACACUACUUCAACACUCCAUUCCAACUGGCAGUGGUUCCCCAAAGUCAGGAGGGUCAGGUUCUCAGUGACAGUCCUGCCAUGGCGGAUAGCACGUCCUUUAAAGUGGAGGAAGGCGACAUCCUCCUCCUCGGCACGGACGGCCUUUUUGACAACAUGUGUGAAGACAUGAUAAUGGAUCACAUCUCUAAACUCAAGGACCAUCGAGCAGAUAUACAGAAAACAGCCAACAACAUGGCAGAGGAUGCACUUUCGCUCUCCCUAGACCAAGACUACUUAUCUCCGUUCUCCUUAUCCGCCAUUGAUGCUGGAAUCGAUCUCAAAGGAGGCAAACCUGACGAUAUAACAGUGAUCCUAGCCAGAGUCGCAGUGUUAGACACAUAACAUCAAG